AUGCACGUUCCAGGCCGGAAGCGGUCCCUUGACGAUGCAGUGGCGAGACUAGCCGGCCAGAAGCGCCCGGCCGCUAUUGGCCCCUUGACGAUGCUGUCGCGAGAGAAGGCGAAGCAGGCCAAGAGCGAGGCGCCCAAGAUUGACCCUGAGGACCUCACGUUUCUCGCAUCACGUUUCAGCGAGAUAUUCUCACAGUCAGAACCCAGCUCAUCUCAGGAAUCAGCAUCUGCCGCCGCGGCGGAGACAACGUCGCCAAGCCCGCAACAGGUACCUGAUGCGGGGCCAGGCGGCCCGAGCGGAUAUUUUCCAGCCAAGGAGUUUCUCGACCUGAUGUUCGACCCCUUUUCGCUGUUGUUUCCGGGCCACUCUCCCCUGGGUCCCAGUCCUCCUGAGCGGCCCCACGCCAUCAGGGUUGCCUUCCCUUGCGGUGGCAUCGUGGAAACUACACAGGUGUUCGACGUUGCUGGCCUGAAGAUCGAGAGCGUGAACAUUAUGGACACCGACAUUCAUAACAGGACCAUCAUCAAGAAGAUGGCCAGAAAGCACGCACUCUCUACGGCGCCCUUGCUAGGGAAAGCGAACGGUAACAUGCUCAGCAAGCCUGUUACCGCCUUCGAGGGUGCCGAGGUGGUUGUCGGCAAGCCUCCCUUGCCAGCGUGGGCAGUUGGCGCUAAGAGGUCCGAGUCUCCGACCGCCAUGCACGAAUAUGCGAAGUUGUUUCAGUACCUGAUGCGUCUGAUCAACAGCGACGCGCUGCAAGUCGCAGUUGUUGCGCACCCCUCCGAGACGAUGGAGAGCCACCGUGGACGUGAACCUUUCUUGCCGAACAUGUUGAGCCUCUGCGCCAAGCACGCCCCGCACUUUCACUGGGACAUCGUGGAGCUGCGCGCGCAGGACUACGGUUUGCCACAACCCGACGUCGUGCAGUUCAUACGGUGCUUGAGAAAGGUGCAUUCCGAUGUCAUGCCGGACGCGAUGGCCACCAUUGGCAGCUUUCGUCUCUCCUACUUCCUCGACCAGGCCGAGGAGAACAUCAUCCGCGGGAAUAUCUCAUGGAAGCACAUGCGCGAGAACCUGGUGGACAACGAGCGCUUCAUUAAGAGAGUGGUUCGCCGUUCGCCGUCAAAGCGCACCGAGGAUCGUGUGGCUGCAGUCAACAUCGAUCGACCUGGCUCGCUGCUCUAUUGCGACGACGCCCUCGCCCUGUCGUUGGACUACAAGCACGUCUUCCUGCUGAGCACGCGUGACUUGGAGAAGCCUUGUCAGAAACGCAUGGUCUUUCGGUUCCUCUCCGACAAGGAGCGCGUGGCCCUGAAAGGCGUGAACCCCCACAUCGUCAACCAUCUGUCGCCGGACCACGUGUGCAGCGCUGCUGCCAGAUACAUUCCGACGACCUUGCUAGGGGCAGCCGCCAUGCCUUUGAUCAAGGCAAUGAUCUCGAGUGGCAAGCGCAACUACCAUUCGCUGGAAGGCAGCAGCCUUGGCCAGCAGUCAGCAGAAACGAGCGCCUUCACAACUGAGCUGAUGGGCGCGUUGGGAAAUAUGUUUAACGCCUGUGCGGCCAAGAGCCACAUUUCAGCCACGAAGCGCACCGCUUCGGCUUCAGCCAAGUAA